CAUCUUGCUCGGAGACGGGCGCCGUUUUGUCAUGGCAGCCUGACUCUGGCGCGCGUGUGUGUGUGUGUGUGAGUGUGAGUGUGAGUGUGAGUGUGAGUGUGAGUGUGAGUGUGAGUGUGAGUGUGUGUGUGUGUGUGCUUUUCCUCCCUCUCUCUCACUGUGCCAUGCCAUUUCUCCCGCAGGAAGCUGAGAGGUUCAAUGGACUGUCGCUCCUCUACUGGACCAUCAUGGGCCCACACGGCAUCAGCCGAGCCGUCCACAGACUGGAGUUCUGCGACUGUAAGCGUGGCCUCGGUGUGAAGGUCAUCGGAGGCUGCCGAGACGUGACCGGGGAGGACUUUGGCGUCUACGUGAAGAGAGUGGUGGCGGGGGGACUGGCUGCCCUGGACGGUCGGCUUAAGUCGGGUGACCUGAUUCUGGACGUCAACAACAUCAGCCUGAUCGGGGUCACCAGCGAGAGGGCGGUGGAGAUCCUGAGGACGGCGUCCUUGUCCAAUCACAUGUCUCUGCUGGUUACCAGGGACGACGAGUCCAGGCGGGAGUUCGUGGAGCUGAUGGAGAAGUACGGCGCUGGCCCGUUCGCGUCUUCGGGUCUCAUCUCGCCAACGCCGCCGUCAGCAGGGAAGCUGCCGGACACUUCUUCCUCCUCCUCCAGGUCUGAGAGCCCCCAGCUCCUCAGUCCCAAAGAGGGGGUCUGUAGCCACGCCCCCUCCUACAGCGAGCACGUCAUCCAGCUGAUCUGCAUCGCCAAGGGAAGCGGACUGGGCCUCGCCAUCAAGGGGGGCUCCAACCGCGCUGAGGGUCCCAUGGUGUCCAUCCAGGAGGUGGUGUGUGGAGGAGACUGCCAGAAGGAUGGCAGGCUGCAGGUAGGAGACCAGCUGGUGUCCAUCAACAAGGAGUCUCUCAUUGGAGUGACAUACGAGGAGGCCAGGAGCAUCCUGACACGCACCAAACUCAGACCAGAUCCCACAGUGGAAGUGGCCUUCAUCCGGCGGCGGACUUCCUCCAGCUCCAGCAGCGGGCCCCACAGUCCCAUCUCCGUGCAGGGCUCUGGAGCCCAAGGGAGGCCCCCGGGCCUGGUAGCAGGACCGCCCCCACCAGUGGUGGUCACCAAGAUCACGUCCUGCAGGAACCCUGCCAGUGAGACCCUGCCCACGCUCAACCUCAGCCAGGUCCGAGUGUCUGCGGCCAGAACAGAGCAGACGUCCACACCCGAGGCCGCGACAAACACUGAUGGCGCCAGCAGCGAAGGUGCCGUCAUCAGACUGGAGCGACUGGAGCAGGUGACAAUGUUGCCAAUACCACUCUUUGCUUGACCAGUAAACCCACAUGGCUGCCUUUGUGAUUGAUUGAAAGACCCGGGAUGGAACAAUAAACCCUCAUAAUGAUACACCGACGGUUAGCAUUACCGUUUAAACAUAAAAUGAUCAUAAACCGUGGCCGUUAACACGUUGACAAAUGAUCGACAGUGCUCAUUUACUGGAGAGGCGUGCUAGCUCAUUAGUGCUAACACAAAUACAAGA